AUGGCAUCGAAUGCUUCCUCCGGAGCCUCCACUCCCAAUCCGCGCUUCACAUCACAAACAAAAACUGCAGAAGAUCUCCUCAGCACCCAAACUGUGGGUCUUGUCAACCUCUCCGACUUCCGAAAGCGACGCGCCGAAGCUAUCGAGCAAAAAGAGCGUGAUGCGCAAGAUGCUUUUGCUAGUGGAGGAGGUAGCGGCCGUGGGUCUGCGACGCCAGACGGUGCGUCUACACCCAGAGAGCCACCCUUGAAGAAGAAGAAACGGAAGAUUGGAACACCUAAACUAUCCUUUGGAAUAGAUGACGAGGAGGAUGGGGGCGAGAGCUCGACGCCGUUAUCCGGUUCUGCUUCUCCCAUGGGCGCAACACAAACCACAUCUGCCUCGAAAGACGACAGUGUUGUAGCAAGGAAGAAAAUAACAGCCAACUCGUCUUUACAAGUUACUCCUAAGCCCCUCACGAAGGCUGCGUUAUUGCGCGAUGCACAGACAAGGGAGAGCCUGAGGAAGGAAUUUUUGACGCUGCAGGAGGCGGUUAAGAAUACCGAGAUCAAUAUCCCGUUUGUAUUUUACGACGGUACGAACAUACCAGGUGGCGUGUGCAAAGUGAAGAAAGGGGAUUAUGUAUGGCUAUUUUUGGAUAAGAGUCGGAAGGUUGGGGCGGAGCUAGGAGUAGGAGAAAAAGCGAAUAGUAGGCGGGAAUGGGCGAGAGUUGGGGUGGAUGAUCUGAUGAUGGUAAGAGGCGGGAUUAUUAUCCCUCAUCAUUACGACUUCUACUAUUUCAUCAUAAACAACACCAAGGGGCCUGGUAACCGUCUCCUCUUCGAAUAUGGCUCCGAACCUCCUGCAACAGCCUCCAGUUCCAACUCCUCCGAGCCUGUCAAUCUGGAUAACUAUAACCCUCUAUCCCUCCCUUCGGCGAGGCCGAAGCCCAGGGAGUCUGAGGAGAACAACGACCUUGAAGGGACAAAUGAUGACCCAACAUAUACCAAAGUUGUCGACCGUCGCUGGUACGAACGGAAUAAACACAUCUUCCCAGCCAGCGUAUGGCAAGAGUUCGAUCCCGAGAAAGACUACCAGACGGAAGUCAAGAGGGAUGCCGGCGGCAAUGCCUUUUUCUUCUCAUAG